AUGGCCGCCCUUCCGCAAUUCACCUACAUCUUCGCCCUAGGCGUCUGCUUCGCGUUUCUCGAUGCCUGGAACAUCGGAGCCAACGAUGUCGCGAAUAGCUUCGCAACCUCCGUCUCCUCCCGCUCCCUCACCAUGCUCCAAGCAAUGUGCAUCGGAGCCGUAAUGGAAUUCGCCGGAGCAGUCCUCGCGGGUUCCCGAGUCGCCGGCACCAUCAAAAGCGAUAUCAUCUCMAUUGAUGAAUUCACCGCCGAGCCCUCCCUUCUUAUGUUGGGCAUGUUGUGUGCGUUGAUUGGGUCUUCGUUGUUUUUGACGCUGGCGACGAGAUUUGGAAUGCCGGUUUCUACUACCCAUUGCAUUAUUGGUGGGAUUAUUGGGUUUGGGUUUGCGACUGUUGGUGCUACGGGAGUGGAUUGGAGUUGGGAGGGCGUGAGCUCGGUUUUUGCCGCGUGGUUCAUUGCUCCUGGCAUCGCCGGCUGCUUCGGCGCCAUCAUCUUCACCUUUACCAAAUAUGGGGUGAUCAAAAGGAAGAACUCGCUUCGUUGCGCCAUGAUGACCGUUCCUCUCUACUUUGGCCUCACCACCGGGAUUUUGACCAUGCUCAUUGUCUGGAAGGGAGCUGCCUCAUUAGAUCUGGAUGACUGGGGUACAGCACCAACCGUCGGUACCAUCUUUGGGGUCGGGGGAGGCUGCGCUCUCCUCUCCAUCAUCUUCCUCCUGCCAUUCCUCCACGUCAAACUCGAACGUGAGGACUGGACCGUCAAGACUUGGGAGAUCAUCAAGGGUCCUCUCCUUUUGAGGCGUCCUGCUCCCGGUCCCAUGCCUGCUGGUCACCGUCUUGUUCCCGAUUACUAUGAGGGUCAUCACACCAAAGAACAGUUGGAAGCACAAGGUCGUGCGGCCGAGACUCGAAGUGAUGAGGAGAGCAUGGAUCGGACUGAAGUUGAGACGGAUGGAAUCACCAAAGAGACGAAACUAGACGUAUACUCCAACAACAACGCAGCGAUCAACAUGGCCGCACCAACAUCCGACGCCCCCGUCCCAAUCGUUCGCAAAUGGUACGAACCACAAGCCCUCUGGUCCAAAGCCUGCUACUUCUUCUUCCGCGGCGUCUACAUGGACAUAGUAGCCGAACAAUCCGGGCACAACACCAAAGAAACCUCAGAGCCCAAAUUUCUCCAACGUCUCCUCAUAGGCAAGAACCUCGCCCAAAAGCACGCCCUAGUCCAACACUACGACGAAAAAGUCGAGCACCUCUACYCCUUCCUCCAAGUCCUAACAGCCGCAACGGCAUCCUUCACGCACGGCGCCAACGACGUCGCAAACGCCAUGGGACCCCUCUCAGCAAUCUACAACGUCUGGCAAACAAACACCACAGGCGAAGACUCCCCCGUACCAAUCUGGGUGCUCGUCUUCGGAGGCGGUAGCAUCGCCUUGGGACUCUGGACUUAUGGCUACAAUCUCAUGCGCAAUCUCGGAAAUCGCAUCACUUUGCACUCCCCUGUCCGCGGCUUCUCCAUGGAACUCGGCGCUGCUGUGACGGUUGUUCUGGCCACGCGACUUGCGCUGCCGGUUUCGACUACGCAGUGUAUUAUUGGCGCGACGGUUGGGGUGGGAUUGUGUUCUGGGGAGUGGAGGGCGAUUAAUUGGAGGAUGGUGGCUUGGUCUUAUUCGGGGUGGUUUAUUACUUUGCCGAGUACGGCGUUGAUUUCGGGGUGUAUUAUGGCUUUUGUUAUUAAUGCUCCGCAGUGGGGGAACAACAUGGUUGUCGUGUAG